UUACUCGCCAGGCCAUGAAGUACACAUAUCCACUUGCAAAGGAAACCGGACUUGAUUGAACACAAUUGACCAUCAAGUGCACUCAAUUCAGUUCAACAUGGCAAGUUCUGGCAGGAUGAUGAGAGCCUUGCUCAAACAACCCCAAGUGAUCGGGCGUAACAUGAGUACUUCAGGGCCAUUGUCGUUGGAUCUAUCCGGCGUGUACCCACCCAUUACUACCCCUUUCAACCCUGAUGAAUCAAUAGCUUGGGAUCAACUUGAAAAUAACAUUGCCAAAUGGAACCAGAUCAAACUCAAAGGGUUUUUGGUUCAGGGUUCCAACGGGGAAUACUGUUAUCUGACUCAUCAAGAAAGGAUCGACAUGAUCGAAAAGGUUAAGAAAUUUGCCGCGGAUGAUAAGAUAGUUUUGGCCGGAUCAGGUUGCGAGUCCACCACACACACUAUUGAGAUGACCAAGGCCAUGGCUCAAGUGGGAGCGGAUGCGGCUGUGAUCAUAACCCCAUGCUAUUUCAAGGGCAAAAUGAAUGGAGAGGCCUUGAAGCAACACUAUCUUAGAGUGGCGGACAACGUACCCAUACCCGUGGUACUUUACAGUGUACCCGCCAACACAGGCAUCGAUCUGCCCGUGCAAAUAGUCAAGGAACUGAGUGGUCAUCCGAAUAUAAUUGGGAUGAAGGAAAGUGGGGGAGAUAUUGCCAAAAUCGGGGAAAUGGUUCAUUUAACCAAGGACGAAGAUUUCCAGGUUUUAGCUGGAUCAGCCAGUUUUCUCAUGGCUUCACUACAAGUGGGCGCAGUGGGCGGGAUUUGUGCACUUGCCAAUGCAUUGCCUCAAGAGGUGGUUGAACUUCAAAGUCUAGUUGAAAGGAGUGCCCUGGGCCAAGCUCGGGAUCUACAACACCGAUUGAUCACUCCCAAUGCUAUCGUGACCAAGGGUUUGGGCGUUCCGGGCUUGAAAAAGGCCAUGGAUUGGUUGGGGUAUUACGGUGGACCCACGCGAAGUCCGCUUUUGCCCUUAAACACUGGAGAAACGGCUAGGCUUCGAAAUGUGUUUCAAAGCCAAGGGUUUCUAUCUGCCUAAUGAUUCAUUUAGUGCUCACCUUUGAU